AUGGCUUCCCGCAGCCCGGUGACCGGGGGAGGCGCCCCUGACAUAGCCCUAUCCGUCGACGGCCGCCCCAAAAAAGUAUUUAGGGAGCUUGCUGGCCACAUUUUUCAGAGAAUCCGCGGCACCUACGGAGGCGGCAGCAGGGGUGUUAGCCCCUAUAUGCUCGCGCGGUUCUACCGGAGGUUCGAGGCGCGGCACGAUACGCUGGUGCCUUUCCGCGACUUUGUUGGGGAGUGGCUGACAAAAAUCUCCCCUUGUUUGCCAGAGCUCUUUGAAGAUCCCGCCGUGCCGGGCUGGGCCCUCCGGGAGUUCUUCCGCGGCCUGGAUGCAGAGCUCCAACCGGCUCGAGACCCGGCGGAGCUUAGGGAGGAGGAGCAAGCCCCCGAGCUGACGGAGGCCGGCUUCUGCCGCUGGCUGCAGGUCGCGUCGCUCGCGUACCCGGCCCAGGAGGCCGCGCGCCUGGCCCGCGUCAGCGCCGCCUGGCCGACCGUCCCCGACCUCUGGGACCUGGACGCGAGGCCGCCGCGCGACGGGGCGGCGCCCGACGGCGGCCACGCCCAGAGCCGGAGCAGCCGGUCGCUCCUGCGGCGCCAGCUCGAGCGGUCUCGCGGGGUGCGUCCAGGCCAGGCGACGGCGGCGGCGGAGCUUUCUGCCGCCGCACCCGCGAGAGCCGCCGCGCCUCCGCCGCCCCCGCCCCCGGCAGUCUCCUACGCCGCUCCUCCCCCGCGGCCGCGGGCGCGGUCCCGGUCUCGCAGCUCGUAUGUGGACGAGCGCGGCCCGCGCCCUUCUUCCCGAGGCACCGGCCGGCCUCGUGUCGCGCCGCAGGAGUGGGAGCUGCCCGGCUUCGAGGGGCUUGCUACCUGGGGCGCGGGUCCGAUCGAGGGGGUUGCCAGCACGGGAGGGCCCGGCGCGGGAUACCCGGUCGGAGGGGAGCUCGGCUCCCGGACUCUGAGAUGGGGGGGCCGUGGUUAG